CGGGCCCCGCCCCCGUCACCCCCAGGGCUGGAGACGCUUCCCGGGCUUGCGCAGCGGCCCUGGCGAGGGGCGCAGGCUCGAGGCACCAACCCUACCUACCUCACAUCCUGGCUUACCCUGCUUGGGGAAGGUGGGAUUCACUGACCAGACCCUGACAGCCUUCCUGGGCACCGGAGGCUUCAGCCCCCACCACGACUCGCCUUUGCCUACAGCAUGCAGCCCCAGGAGAGUGGUGUCCGCUACAGCAGGUGGGACAACAGCAACCGGGAUGAAGUCAGCAUGACUGCCAUAUCCAGCACAGAGGAGCCCUCAUGCUAUAGGAGGCUCUCCCAGAAGUUGUGCUCGGGCAAGCUGGGGAUCGCUAUGAAGGUGCUGGGUGGAGUGGCCCUCUUUUGGAUCAUCUUCAUCUUGGGCUACAUCACUGGCUACUACGUGCACAAGUGCAAAUAAAUGCUGCCAGCUCCCAUCCCUGGGACUCGC